AUGUGGAACAAAGAGGGAUUACAAAGGCUAUCCGUUGUUAUCCCCCCUCCCCUCGCCCUCGGCCCGCGGCCCCCGGCCUUCGCCCCCGGAGGGCAAACGAGGUGGGUGAGCCGGGCGACUCCCCCACCGGGGGGAUUGCGUGCACUAAUUGCGCCCCAAAAUUGGGAUGACAUUAUAUUAUAUAGUAUGGAGAUAUUAUUCGGCGUCACCUUGUUCAAAUAUAUUCAAUAUCCGUGGAGCUGUCACACGCACGCUGCUCCUCCGACGCUGACUCAUCCACUAAAACUUGCUUCUCCGGAAAAUCGUCUGGAGAUCCGAUUGUAA